AUGUUCAUUCCUCUGACUGCUAUACCGUCGGCGACGGUGCCCGCCGCCAUUACUUCGUCUUCCGCCGCUACUACCGACCCUAUCGCCACCAUUACCAUUGCUGCCACCACCAAUAGCCUUUUCGCCCGCGCACCCACCGAGCCACAGCCACUCUCAGCCGGCUCCAUCGUCGGGAUCGUCAUCGGCGCCGUCCUCCUCCUCACCCUCAUCGUCACCCUCUCCAUCUUCGCACACCGCCACCUCGUCCGUCUCCGCGCCCUCAAAGCCGAACAGCGCCGCCGCGCAGAAGAAGCGGCCGCGCGCCAGGCGGCGAUCGACGAGGAGAUACGCAAGCAGCGGGUAAGGGAGGAGGUGUUCAGGAACGCGAAGAUUAUACAGGCUGAUGCGGCAAGGAGGCGGGAGGAGGGGAAGUGGGAUCGGUUGAAGGCACGGAAGGAGAGGGAGAGGAGGAUGAGGGAGAUUGAGGAGAGGGUCGAGAGGGUUAAGAGGGAGAGGGAGGGCGGGGUUGUUGUGCCCGAGGCGGCGCAGGUUGCUGGGGAUGCCAUGAAGGAGAGGGAGGUGUAUCGGCCUGUUGUUACUCAGUCGAACCCGUACAGCCACGGCUCCGCUUAG